AUGAAAACCGCAAUCUCUCUUUUGGGCUUCCUCGGCCUGGCUGCCGCAGUAUUGCCAGAAUGGAAUUCUUUCCCAGGGCACUCCCCUGCCGUCGAAAAUCGUUCACUGGACCAAAUUUACGCUGCUGCCAAGAAAGAACACGGUAGCCUCGUUGUUCUUUGGGGAGGAGAUGCUGUGAACCAGGGCCAAUCCACAAUCGAUGCAUGGAAAGCCCGUUUCCCAGAGAUUGAGCUGAACCUCACCGUCGAUGUAUCAAAGUAUCACGAUAGCCGUGUCAAUCGCCAGUUUCAACGUACCGGAUCUGCUGGCGCUGAUAUUGCAGUUUUGCAAACUGUCCACGACUAUACUCGUUGGAAGAGGGAUGGUAGAUUGUACCCCUAUAAACCCGCACACUGGGAGGAUAUAUGGUCAACUAUCAGAGAUCCUGAUGGCGCGUUUGUGCCGACCUUUAUCUACAACUUCGGCAGUCUCGUCUACAACCAGAAACUCCUCAAGAAAUCCAAUGUCCCGUCAACCUGGAAGGAAUUCACUCGCCCAGAGUGGAAGAGUAAGCUCGUCCUGACUUACCCCAACGACGACGACGCUGUGCUCUAUCUUUUCUCUGUUAUCAUCAACCAAUACGGUUGGGAUUGGUUCGAUGCCCUUCUCGAACAGGAUGUGAAAUGGGUCCGUGGUACCGGUGAGCCAGCAGCCGAAAUUGAGCAAAGGAAUUCAACUCGGUCUUUGUCCUUUACCACCUCGCCCGACGGCAACCUUGGCAGCAUCGAUCCCAAGGACCCUAUCAUGUAUUGGCCUCAGACCGGUGCUAUCUUUGCUUCAACCCCUCGUCCCGAAAGUGCCAAGCUGUUUAUGAGCUGGCUGCUAAGUGACGACUACCAGAAGAACUUCAAUGGCAGCUACCUAGUUCGAAAGGACUUGUCGUCUACAGCAGGAAGUGUUUGGGAUCACCCCUCCACGGCUCUGACCCAAUUCUCCACUUUCAUGGAGGAUCGUGAAACUGUCGAAUGGUGGAAGCUUCAGUUUGAGACUUCUCUUGGAACUGCCCAGGGCGACAUUUCUUUGUUACAUGGUGGGAAAUAA